UACAAAAUAUCACCUUUCAAUCAGUUAACAAAAAUCAUUGUAAAAAACGCACAGUACUAGACGUGUGCUGACAAACAGACAACACACACAAAUUUAAGUGCAGCCGAAAUGGCUGAACCAGAACCAAAUGAGCCAAUCCCGGCUAAGCGGAGCAUGGGAAAAUGUUGCGGCUUCCAUUGGCGGGGCAAAGCAACAAUUCUCAUGCCAUUGUUGACCUUGCCAUUGCUGAUCCAUGGCGUUACAGAGAAAGAACCAGCAUUUAGAUGCAUGUAUCUGGUGUCCAAUAUGGCACUCUUUUGGAUAACCGAAGCGAUUCCUCUCUAUUUGACAUCGCUAUUUCCUGUGGUCUUUUUGCCACUCUUUGAUAUUUUGAGUUCCGAUCAGGUGUGCAAGCUGUACUUUUCCGAUACCGUUGUGAUGUUUAUUGGCGGCCUAAUCAUAGCCUUGGCCAUCGAAUAUAGCAAUCUGCAUCAGCGUAUUGCCAUGAAGACCAUACUCAUAGUGGGCUGCAGCCCCAGGCGUCUACACUUUGGCUUGGUUAUGGUGACAUGUUUCAUCUCAUUGUGGAUCUCCAAUUCGGCUGCCACAGCCAUGAUGUGUCCCAUUGUCAAGGCUGUGCUCAGCGAACUCGAUUCGCAAAAUAUAUUCACUGUGUACAAAACGCAAGAGGAGGAACCAAUGGAGGAGGGCGAUCCGCCACAUCCAUCGACCAUAUCGAUGGCCUUCUAUUUUGGCAUUGCCUAUGCCUCAACAAUUGGCGGCUGUGGCACAUUAAUUGGCACUGGCACAAAUCUAACCUUCAAGGGCUUAUACGACACACGAUUUCCCAAAUCGUUGACCAGCGUUGAUUUUCCCAUUUUCAUGGCCUAUGCCAUACCACUUGUGGUCAUUGUGAACGUACUGCUGCUAUAUCUUUCGCUGCAAGUCACACACAUGGGUCUGUUCCGUCCCAACAGCAAGACGGGCAAGGAGGUGAAGCGCGGCACCGAGGGCCAGGAUGUGGUGAAGACUGUGAUCAAGGCACGCCACACGGAACUGGGACCCAUGACCUGCCAUGAGAUACAAGUGACGCUGCUGUUCAUACUGAUGGUAUUUCUGCUGUUCACACGCAAGCCGGGCUUUGUGCCUGGCUGGGGGGACUUCCUAAAUGCACAGAAAAUAGGCAGUGGACCUCCCGUUUGGCUGCCCGUCAUAUUGCUUUUCGCAUUGCCCACACAGUAUACGUUCUUCAAGUACUGUUGCGGCAAACCUCCUUACACGGGUCAGAGCAUGGAUGCCCUGCUCUCCUGGGUCUACAUACACACGAAUACACCCUGGGGUCUAUGUUUUCUGCUGGGCGGUGGAUUUGCUUUGGCCGAGGGCAGCAAGGUCAGUGGCAUGGCCAAGAUGUUGGGUGAUUCGCUGGGAUUCGCCUCCAAGAUGCCAACUCUUGUCGUCGAGGGCAUGUGCAUUUUUAUUGGCCUAUUCUGCACCGCUUUCAGCUCAAAUGUGGCCAUCUGCAAUAUACUCAUACCGAUCUUCAGCGAAAUGGCAUUGGCCAUUAAGAUGCAUCCCCUGAAGCUGACGCUGCCUCCGACUUUGGCCAUCAGCAUGGCCUAUCAUCUGCCAGUGAGCACUCCGCCCAACGCCAUUAUAUCUGGCUAUGCUGGCAUCAAGACCAAGUACCUGGCCAUAGCCGGCAUAUUGCCGACAAUUUGGGCCUUUGUUAUCCUGAUGCUGAACAGUCAGUGGGGCAAAAUUAUCUUCCCGGAGACUGCAAAGUUCCCGGAUUGGGCAAAGACCUCCUAAACACGUAUUCUUAUUUUGAAGACACUUACACCCAAAAAAACAGAUUUUAAAGCCACACAAGUUAACAAAGACAUUCUCAAUGCCCCGAAUGACGGAAGGCAUAAAUGGAUCUGUGUUGGCCCAACGCCUUGGCUCAUUUCAUAUACACUCACACUCACACAGACACAAAACCCCAAAUCCACUAAGGGCUUUGUAAGCCAUUUGGAAUGUUAAUCAUAUACAAACAUAACACAUUAUGUGCACAUUUAACGAUGGCGCAAAGACAAAACAAAUUCCAAUAUUUUUGCUUCUUCUGCUCUCCUCUCAUGUAUGUAUCAUGUACAAACAAUUAAUGCACACAAAUCUAGCAUACAUAAGCCUCACGAAUCAGCGGAAUAAGUUUCCCAAUAAAAAUAAAACCCACACACCCCCCCAAAAAAAAACUAAAUACAAAUCAAAUUACAUUCCAAUGCAUGUGUAAGUCCCUCUGAAUGUUCAUGAAAUAUAUGCGCAAACGCUCGUUAAUAUCAGCAA